AAGAGUACAAGCGGAGGGGCGGGGCCUCUCACCGUGUGGGCCAAUCGGAGUGCGCGGAAAGGCGGCGGAGGCGUUCGCGUUAGAGGAGGAAGGAGGCAAGAUGGCGGCGGCGAGGGCCUUCGGAGCGGCGUCGGCCGUGGGGAGGCUGCGGGGCCGCUUCUGCCAUUUGGGACUGAGGGACCUCCAUUCGACGGCCAGGCAGCCCCAGCGCUUUCCUGCCCUGCAAAGGUUCCCAGAUCGGCCUGUGAGGCUGCACUCGGAGAUGUUGGUUCGGUCGAUGUUCAUCCAGACGCAAGACACCCCAAAUCCAAACAGCCUGAAGUUCAUCCCGGGAAAACCAGUCUUGGAGUCCAGGACCAUGGAGUUCACCUCGCCUGCCUCUACCUACUGCUCGCCUUUGGCCAGACAGCUCUUCAGGAUCGAAGGGGUUAAAAGCGUCUUCUUUGGGGCUGACUUCGUCACAGUCACCAAGGAAAGCGAGGAUGUGGAUUGGAACUUAAUAAAGCCGGACAUUUACGCCACGAUCAUGGACUUCUAUGCAUCAGGCCUUCCGGUCGUCACCGACGAGGCACCUCGCCCAGAGACAGCUCCCUCCGAGGAAGACGACGAAGUUGUGUCCAUGAUAAAAGAGUUGCUGGACACCAGGAUAAGGCCGACGGUCCAGGAGGACGGGGGGGACGUGCUUUUCAAGGGCUUUGAGGACGGGAUCGUGCAGCUGAAAUUGCAAGGUUCCUGCACCAGUUGCCCCAGUUCCAUCAUCACCCUCAAGAACGGGAUCCAGAACAUGCUGCAGUUCUACAUCCCGGAGGUCGAAGGCGUGGAGCAGGUGGUUGAUGACAACGACAGCGAAGAAAAGGAAGCAAACUCGACCUGAAUGGGGGAGAAUUGGGGCUCUUUUCACAAAAGGAGUGACUUUGCAAAAAAAAGGCCCGUUCGUCAUCACAUUUCCCAGAAAGUUGGGACUGUUUUCAGGGCGGCUUCACGAUUCCUGAAGAGGCGAGUUUGUAUUUUAAAUAGAUUCUUGGACGAAAGGAAGUGGGAAGAGCAUCAAGUAUUAUUUUCACUUUUGUGCAGUGACUUCCAGAAAUGUAACGUUACAUAUUGAGAAAGCAACAAGGCCUUGCUAAUGCAGUCAGCACUCAUUGUUUGUUUUCUUAAUAUAUGUAUAUGUGUAUAUGUAUGUGUAUAUAUAUAUAUAUACACACACACACAGAUAUGUCUUUCCCCUCCUUAAACAUGAAACACUGCAGUCACUACCUCUGUUUUCAUCUUAAUUGGAUUCUUAUGUUUGCUGUGAUUUUGACCCUAUGUUUGGCUGUAUAGUUUCACCUGACUGUUGACCAAAUAAACAGCUAUUAUUAUUA